AGCUGUGUCUUUAACAGCCUUGACAUGACUCUGCGACCUUUGCUAAUAGGCAUAGGCAGUCGCAGUGUAUACAAAUUGGAGUUGGUGUACAGUGGUGUUGUUAUUGCUGUGUUGACAUGUGAAGUUAUUGGCUAAGUUUGCUGUAAAGAAUGUUGUCCACGUUUUGUGGCAGAAAUGCCACACGCGUACUGGCAAGCGGUUUACUGUUUGGAAGUAUUGCAGAAUUGAGUACUUACCGAAGUAAAAUUGCCCUCGAUACUCUAUACCCCACGAGCCGGUUAACAGUAACCACUCCAAAAAAGAUGCCAGAGGAUAAUGUCUUCUCCGGAUACAUACCAAUAGAGAAAUUGGAUAUAACUUACAGCCGAAGCUCUGGACCUGGGGGACAGAAUGUGAACAUGGUGAAUACCAAAGUAGAUCUCAGAUUUCAUAUUGAGACUGCUGACUGGAUUAAUGAUGACAUUAAAACCAGACUGUUUAAAGAGCAUAGAACAAAAAUCAACAAGGAAGGCUACUUAGUAAUUCGGUCGGACAAGACUCGGUCACAACAGUUAAAUUUGGCUGAUGCUAUGGAAAGAUUGCGAUCCAUGAUUAGAGAAUUAAUUGAACCAAAGGAAGAAAUUUCUGAAGAAACUUUGGAGAAACACAGGCGAAGGAAAGAAAAAUCCGUGCGUGAGAGACUGUUUGAAAAACGACACAGAUCACAAGUGAAGCUCGAUCGGCAAGCACCUGCUGUUGAUUUCUAGGAAAUUUUAGACUUGGCAUCUCUUUUUGUAUUCAGAAAUUCUCUGGUAUCAGCUGGCGUCUAGCCAUAUUCACCCAAGUUGAGUGACAAAAACUUGGACUUUGUAGUAUGCUGUGAGAGGCAUUUGUACAUGUAACAAAACAUAAUUUGUGAAAUAAACUUUUAAGGAAACACUUA